AUGUUUUUCAGUAAUAAAGAAAAAGUUGAAUUAGCACCAAAUAAAUCAGAUAGACAACUAUGUUGGGAUUCAAGAGAUAGAUUCUUUGAAUGUUUAUCAGCAAAUCAUAUUGAUAAUUCAUUAGAUCAAAAACAGCUAAAAAAUGUCGAAUCAAAAUGUGGAACCACUAAAAAGGAAUUUGAAUCAAAUUGUGUUUCUUCAUGGAUAAAAUAUUUUCAAGAAAAGAGAUAUAAUGAUUUAAUAAGACAAAGAUAUAUUGAGAAAUUAGAAAGCGAAGGUGCUCAACCAUUACCUUUUAAAAUUGAUACAAUAAAGAAGGAAUAA